GUUUAAUGCUCGAGUGAGAAAAUUACCCCCAGGCCAAACCGAAGACUAGAACUAAUUUCAAAGUUGGCUUUGCUUAUGGCCUCACAAAGUGCUUCCUAUUGCCAAACCGAUUUACCAGCCCAGUAUUAUUAAAGUUUUCCAAUUGAUUGUCGAAAAUGACUGUUUCGUAUACCGCUGAGGUUGCAACUUGUCGUCGCUUCGGUUGCUUCUGGAAACUUUUGAUCAGAUGGCGCGCAAGCAUCUACAAGAUUAUUUGGGUGGAUCUCCUAACGUUCUUGACUUGUUUCUACUUCAUGGCUAUCGUGUACCGUUUCGCUUUAAGAGAAUGCGAUAGAGUAAUUUUCGAGGACAUUGUGAUGUAUUGUCAUAGUUAUGGCAACAUGAUUCCUCUCUCCUUCGUCCUGGGAUUCUAUGUUUCCAUCAUCGUGGAGCGUUGGUGGAGUCAGUACACUACUGUCCCCUGGCCUGAUCCUUUGGCGGUGUACGUUAGUGCCUUGGUUCGGGGUCAGGACGAACAUGGUCGCCUGAUGAGACGCACAAUUAUGCGCUACAUGUGCCUGGCCUUAACCAUGGUCUUAUCGAUGAUCUCGCCGGUGAUCAAAAGGCGCUUUCCGACCUACGAACAGCUGAUCGAAGUGGGUCUCCUGAAUGCCAACGAGGCCAAUAUUAUCAAGGCUAUGGACGUCAAGUUUCCCAAGCAUCCCAAGUACUGGAUGCCCAUUAUUUGGGCCAGCAGUAUUGUGACGAGGGCUCGCAAGGAGGGACGUAUUUGGGACGAUUUCUCACUGAAAUCCAUGAUUGACGAGCUCAACAAGUUCCGAUCCGGAUGUAAUAUGCUUACUCACUAUGAUAUGAUAUCAGUUCCGCUAGUUUACACGCAGGUUGUUACGCUGGCUGUGUACACCUACUUCUUUGCCGCCAUUUUUGGCCAUCAGUGGAUCGACAGAGAGUCAACAACCGCGAACUAUCAGAACAUGGUAAACUACUACUUUCCAGUCUUUUCCACCCUGGAGUUUUUCUUCUUUAUGGGCUGGCUGAAGGUGGCCGAAACUCUGAUUUGUCCCUUCGGCGAUGACGACGACGACUUCGAGCUCAACUGGGUGAUCGACCGAAAUCUGCAAGUCAGUUACCUAAUCGUGGACGAGAUGCACAACGACCACCCGCAGCUGGUGAGGGAUCAGUACUGGGACGAGGUGUUCCCCAACGAACUGCCCUAUCUGGUGGAGGCCGAGAGGGCGGAGCAUCCGGAGGCGUCUACCGCCAGGUUGCCCCUGGCCAAACCCCAUCCCCAUCCUUCCACGACUGUCGCUAAGAGUGACGAAACCGACUGGACCGACUUUGAUGCCGAGCACGAGGCUGACAACGAGCUGAAGAUCCGGUUCGCCCCGCGCCAGUUCAAGUUCAGCAACAGCUCCAUUUCGAUUUCAGACAGCCUGGGUGGCGACACCAUUGACAUGCUCGACGAGGAGGGAGACGAACUCGGGAGCCAGUUCUCCAGCCAAGAUGACUUCGAGCUCCUCAAGGUGGAGAGAGAGAAACAGCGCAUGGACCGUCAGAUUCAGCACGCCGCCCUAACCUUGGAGCUAAUAAGAAGCGAACUCGGCUCAGAAGGAUCCGCCUCUGAAGCCUCGGAAGCGUCCAAAAAACGAGGACAGGAGGUGCAGACCGAUAAGAGCUACACCAGCCAAACCAAAAAGGAUAAGGACCAGGAAAAGGAUAAAGAUCACGAGGAUAAAGAGUAG